AACCAAACAACAAUAUACUACUAGGGUUUUCAUUUCCUCGUAUUCAUUCCAAAGUAAGCCACUAUUUUUACUUUCCUCUCAUUUUCUUUUCCAUUUUCUCGGGAAAAUCAUGGGGAAAGGCCCUGGUCUCUACUCUGAUAUCGGCAAGAAAGCCCGAGAUCUUCUCUAUAAGGAUUAUCAGAGCGACCACAAGUUCACUGUCACUACUUACACUUCCACUGGAGUCGCGAUAACAUCAAGUGGGAUUAAGAAAGGUGAGUUUUUUUUGGCUGACGUCAGCACUCAGCUGAAGAACAAGAACAUCACAACUGAUGUCAAAGUGGACACUAACUCAAAUCUUUCCACAACCAUCACUGUCGAUGAACCUGCACCUGGACUCAAGUCAAUCUUUAGCUUUAUAGUUCCUGAUCAGAGAUCUGGCAAGGUUGAACUCCAGUACCAGCAUGAGUAUGCUGGAAUAAGCACUGGCAUUGGUUUGACUGCCAGUCCCAUUGUUAACUUCUCUGGUGUGAUUGGAAACAAUACUGUCUCUGUUGGAACCGAUCUUGCAUUUGACACUGCCAGUGGAAACUUUACCAAGUGCAAUGCAGGGUUGAGUUAUACCAAUACCGACCUUAUUGCGUCCUUGACAUUGAAUGACAAAGGUGAUACUCUUAAUGCUUCCUACUAUCACAUUGUAAGCCCACUGACCAAUACAGCUGUUGGAGCGGAACUGACCCAUGGCUUUUCAAGCAAUGAAAACACGCUGACAAUUGGUACUCAGCAUGCACUUGACCCAUUGACCUCAGUGAAGGCCCGUGUGAACAACUAUGGCAGAGCAAGCGCCCUCAUCCAGCAUGAGUGGCGCCCAAAAUCUCUUUUUACUAUCUCAGGAGAGGUGGACACCAGGGCAAUUGAAAAGAGCGCUAAGAUUGGACUGGCCUUGGCACUCAAACCAUAGACUAGAUAAAAAUUCUUGGUAUGAGGGGAGGAGCAACCUUGCCUUUGAGUUGUGGAAAACAAUAAUGUUAGGUAGAAGAAAGACGCAAAUUUUUUUUGUUCUCAUGAACUGAUGUCAUCAUGUGAUGUUGUUGGCUUUCACGAAUGUUGUGGCUAUGGGUUGUAAAAUAAUACUGGCUGGUGUAUCGAACCAACGUUAUCAAUUUUUAUUUGAAUCUGCCCAUCCCACCCCGAAUGGAGGUUGUACU